AUGGAUGCCAGCAAUGUUACUUUCGACCCGUCCAACAUGUACUCGAACAAUCCCCAGGAGAAGACGAGUAUUAUCAACUUGGUCAUUAGCCAAGCACCUGCCGGGGCUGCGAGUGCCACAGUCGUGAACGGCUGGCACACCAGCAGAAGCGACAGACGGCGGCACUGUACCGUCGAUUACUACGACGCCGCUGGUAACCGGAUCAGCCGAGAGCACAUUAUCUGA